CACUCGUCCUUUUAGUCCGCCCGCCAGGAGAGGGAAAGGAGCUCUAGAUAGAAUGAGAUGAAAUAGAGAGUAUUAAUCCGAAGGAAAGUCACGUGUCAGUUUCCUUUAGCAUUAAGAGAUUCUUUAAACUUGAGAGAGUUGUGUGCGAGGCUUAAACUCAGUCUUGAACUUCUGACAGCACAAGAUGUCUAAAGGACCAGCAGUCGGCAUUGAUCUGGGAACCACAUAUUCCUGCGUGGGCAUCUUCCAGCAUGGUAAAGUGGAAAUCAUUGCUAAUGACCAAGGAAACAGGACCACGCCAAGCUAUGUGGCCUUCACAGACACUGAGAGAUUGAUUGGGGACGCUGCCAAGAACCAGGUGGCCAUGAACCCAACCAACACUGUAUUUGAUGCCAAGCGUCUAAUUGGUCGUAAGUUUGACGAUCCUGUGGUGCAGUCAGACAUGAAGUACUGGCCCUUCAAGGUUGUGAAUGAUUCAGCCAAACCUAAGGUGGAGGUUGAAUACAAGGGUGAGAUAAAGACCUUCUACCCUGAGGAGGUGUCCUCGAUGAUCCUAACCAAGAUGAAGGAGAUCUCUGAGGCUUAUCUCGGGAAGACGGUCACCAAUGCAGUUAUCACAGUUCCUGCUUACUUCAAUGACUCCCAGCGCCAAGCCACCAAAGAUGCCGGAACCAUUGCCGGUCUUAAUGUGCUGCGUAUCAUCAAUGAGCCCACUGCUGCAGCCAUCGCUUAUGGCCUGGACAAAAAGGUUGGCGGUGAACGUAAUGUCCUGAUCUUUGACCUUGGAGGUGGUACUUUUGAUGUGUCAAUCCUUACUAUUGAAGAUGGCAUCUUUGAAGUCAAAUCCACAGCCGGGGACACCCACUUGGGGGGUGAGGACUUUGACAACCGCAUGGUUAACCACUUCAUAGCUGAGUUUAAACGCAAGUUCAAAAAGGAAAUCAACAACAACAAGCGAGCUGUGCGUCGUCUACGCACAGCUUGUGAACGUGCCAAGCGCACCCUCUCCAGCAGCACUCAGGCCAGCAUUGAGAUAGAUUCCCUCUACGAGGGAGUCGAUUUUUACACCUCCAUUACCAGAGCCCGUUUUGAAGAGCUCAAUGCAGAGCUGUUCCGUGGGACCCUCGAGCCUGUGGAGAAGGCCUUGAGGGAUGCCAAGAUGGACAAGGCCCAGAUCCAUGACAUUGUACUGGUGGGUGGCUCCACACGUAUCCCCAAGAUUCAAAAGCUGCUGCAAGACUUAUUCAAUGGCCGUGACCUCAACAAGAGCAUCAAUCCUGAUGAAGCAGUGGCCUAUGGUGCAGCUGUGCAGGCAGCCAUUUUGGCUGGUGAUAAGUCUGAGAAUGUGCAGGACCUGCUCCUGCUGGAUGUCACACCCCUGUCCCUGGGAAUUGAGACCGCUGGAGGAGUAAUGACUGUUCUUAUCAAAAGGAACACAACCAUUCCCACCAAGCAAACCCAGACCUUCACCACCUACUCAGACAACCAGCCUGGUGUGCUUAUUCAGGUUUAUGAAGGGGAGAGAGCCAUGACCAAGGACAAUAACAGCCUGGGCAGAUUUGAGCUGACCGGUAUUCCACCCUCUCCCAGAGGUGUCCCUCAGAUUGAGGUCACCUUUGACAUUGACGCCAACGGCAUUUUGAAUGUGUCUGCAGUAGACAAAAGCACUGGAAAAGAAAACAAGAUCACCAUCACAAAUGAUAAAGGGCGGUUGAGUAAGGAGGACAUUGAGCAGAUGGUACAAGAGGCAGAACAGUUCAGAUCUGAAGACGAGGCCCAGAGAGAGAAGGUCACUGCCAAGAACUCCUUGGAGUCUCUGGCCUUCAACAUGAAGAGCACAGUGGAGGACGAAAAGCUCCAAGACAAGAUAAGCCCUGAGGACAAAAAGUCCAUUGUAGACAAGUGCAAUGAAGUAAUUUCCUGGCUGGACAGGAACCAGACGGCAGAGAAGGAUGAGUAUGAACACCAGCAGAAGGAACUGGAGAAGGUGUGCAACCCCAUCAUCUCCAAGCUGUACCAGGGUAGCACGCCGGGAGGGAUGCCAGGAGGGAUGCCCGGUGGAUUCCCUGGUGGAGCUGGAGGCGGCUCCUCCUCUGGCCCAACUAUCGAGGAAGUCGACUGAAGACUAUGCUGACAGUGCUUUUAUCUCAAAUUCCAACAUGCACGUACUGCCUUAAAGCUAUUUACUUAGCCAGAAUCGACAUGCAAUAAAUAUGUACUGAUCACAGGCUUGUUAUGUUAUACACAUUGUGUCAUCAACAUCAUGUUUGUUCACAAAAUUCUAUUUCUAAAAAACUAAAUCAGACACGCAUUUAAAAUAUUCAGUCACAUAAGACAUAGUCAGAAACUGGCUGUUGUUUAUUAUUUUGGUCAGCUGUGAUAUUUUGCAUGAGGUAUUCGAACAUUAAAUCAAUGAACAUCA